GGCGAAGUCAUACCCAUCAAGACCAAGGAUGAAGGCUUUUAGUCAAAAGAUAUUUAGAUUAGAUUUUAUCUACCUAUAUCAAUAUUUUGUGUUGAUAAAAAUAUUCCUGACCCUCCAAGACCUAGACCCGCCAGCUUAAAAUGAAACUCUCAACUUAGCUAGGCAAUACAUGUCCAUAUACCAUGGCUCCCACAAUUAUCAUAACUAUACCAGCGGAAAAAAUCAUUCAGAUAAAAGUUCCAUCAGAUAUAUCAUGAACACUGAAAUUUCUGCGCCUUUCGUCAAAAAUGGUAUAGAAUGGGUUUUUAUAACAAUCAAGGGACAAAGUUUUAUGUUACACCAAAUCAGGAAAAUGAUAGGUUUUACCAUGGCAGCUAUUCGUGAUUUAGUUACGCAAGACGAGAUUUAUAAUUCGUGGCUUCCAACUAAAAUCUAUAUUCCUAAAGCUCCAGGCUUGGGACUCAUUCUCAAAGAAGUGCAUUACGAUUGGUACAACACAAAAUUCAAGGAUGAUUCUUCUAAAAACAAAAUUUCCUUCGAUAAAUACAAAAAAGAAAUUGAAGAAUUCGCUCAUAAAUUCGUUUAUUCUAGCAUAAUAUCUACAGAACUCGAACAAAAAAUAAUAUACGAAUGGUCUAAACAAACACUGCCGGAACGAUAUGCUUUGUACUCUAAAGACUUGAAACAAUGUUCGAAUCAUGAUUAUAUUUCCAGGAAUGAGGAUACGAUUGAAAUCCAGGGCAUUAAUAAAAGUGGGAAAGCGCUUACUACUCAUUCAGAAAUAGUCGAGAAUGACACAAAUAUCGAAAUAUCUAUUCCUAAUGAUCUUGAUAAUAUCGAAACAUUUGAAUAAAUCACUGAUUUUAUUAUCAAUAAAAAAAUUAAAAUGCA